UGUCAGCCAGAGGUGGAUCUGGGGAUCCAGUCCUGGCAGGGCUGGGCAGGAGGGAUGCCCAGCACCCUGCAGUGCUGCAGUGGGGCACAGCCACAUGUCACCAAACUGGGAACCAGCUGCCACCUUCCUGUCCCACACACGAGGCACAAAUAGCUCCGUCCUCCCCCUGUGCUUCUCCUCUCUGCCUCUUGCUCGCUUCCUCCUCCCCAGGAAUGCAGUUGUGUGACCGCAGCUGAAAACUUCUCCCCGUCUCUGGUGUGCUGGCUGUCACUUUCUGUCGCCUCGUGCCUCGGUCUGGCUGCAUACACCACAGGAUUUUGGACAGGAUGCUGCUGUGACGUGGUGGAGACAAAGGGAGGGUACCCGCAGGAAAGGGGGUUGGUGACAGUCCCGCCGUGUCACCAGCACUGUGGUAUUUGUGAGGACCCGGCUGGCACAGCGGCCACUCUGCAGAGAUGUCCUGGCUGGUGCUGUCACCUUCUGCUGCUGUCUGUGUCACCCUUCUGCUCAGCUGUGCCUGGCUUGGCUCUGCUGCCCAGCCCUCCUCAGCACAGGGCAAAGGGCGGGUUCCCUGCUCCGCCCUCACUCCCCAAGAGAAGAACGUGUGCUCUGAGGCCUCUGAGGAAGAUUUUCUCAACAGCACCCUCAGCACUCGCCUCCUGCCUGCCCUCUACUCCGUGGUGCUGCUGGUGGGGCUGCCAGCCAACGCUCUGGCCUGCUGGGUCCUGGCCACCAACUUCAGGAGAUGCUCCAGCACCACCUUCCUGCUCAACCUGGCCAUGGCUGACCUGCUCUUUGUCCUCCUGCUGCCCUUCAAGAUCUCCUACCACCUCCUGGGCAACCACUGGCUCUUUGGGGACUACCUGUGCCGCACCAUGGUGGCCUUCUUCUACGGGAACAUGUACAGCUCCAUCCUCUUCCUCACCUGCAUCGGCCUGGAGCGCUACAUCUCCGUGGCACACCCGUUCCUGUGGAAGGGCUCCAGCUGGGAGAGGGGCAAGGUGGGCAUCAGUGUGGGCAUCUGGCUGGUGGUGGGGCUGGGCAUGAGCCCUCUGCUUCUGCGCUCCCACACACACGACAUCUCCAGCCUGAACAUCACGACGUGCCACGACGUGCUGGGAAAAGAAACCCAGGUUCUUGGCUACUAUUUCCUGUCCCUGGUGGGGCUGGGCUUUGGCCUGCCCUUCGUGCUCAUGACCAUCUCCUACAGCUGCAUCCUGGUGAGGCUGCUGGCCAAGGGAGGGAGCUACGGGCACGUGGUGCGUGUCCUGGCCCUGGUCUUCCUGGUCUUCAUCGUCUGCUUCACGCCCAGCAACGUUCUGCUCUUCAUCCACUACCUGCUGGAGCCCACGGGCUGCAACAACAGCACCUACAUCUCCUAUGCCCUGGCCCUGGUGCUCAGCGCCUGCAACAACUGCUUCGAUCCCUUCAUCUACUUCUACGUCUCGCGGGAUUUCCGGGGCUGGCUCCGGGAUGCAGGGGGUCGCUGCCUGCAGGGGCUCGAGGUCUCGUCGGGGAGAUCCACGGAGAAAACACCCCUGCCUCUGAGGUCUAGUGAGCAGAGCCAGGGCUGCCAAGCUGUGUCCCCCUGCCCUGGGGAUGAAGGAGUCUGAAAUGUGUCCACCAUGAAGGGUUGGCAAUGGACUUGGGCAAUAAAUCCCACCCGGAGCUGAGACUCACGAGGAUUUCGCCUCGUGAUGACACCAGCGCUCCCCAGUCCCAUGGGACACCCCAGCUGGGUGCCUGGCACCCUGAU